GCGCUUUUUGUAGGGCAACCACUAUUUUGCGCACUAGCUAUCCGCGAGAAUGUGGCAGACCAACGGAUGGAUGGGAUUCUCAAUCAUUUAGCGUUUGCCAGCAUCAACUUCAACAUUUCCUACGUUGUCGUCUUGUGCGUGGAGCGUCAAUUAAUAAUAGUGUUACCUUUCGGUCUGUGUUAUACAACAAAAUUACCAAGUGCAAAUUAGAGUACAACGCGUCGUCGCCGGCAAUCGAUGCACAUUUUUAUGUCCUUCAACCCAUUGUGAACAACCUCGUGUACUUAUGCCAGUGCUUACAUACAUAUGCACAUACAUAUGUCUGUAAUUUGAAGCCGCACGCAUAGAUAGAAAGGUGGUCGUACUCGCUUAUCAGCUGGUGUAAAAUUGCUGGUGCGAAAAUUGUCGGAAAAAGCGAAACAAACGGAGAGAAAGCUCUCUGUCAAAGCAAAAGAAACAGCAAUAACGCAAACGCACAAAUUGUCGGUCGCACACUGAACACAUUUGUGGUAUUCUUUGAGCUGGAAGACGGCUGAGGCAGAAGCUAAGUUGCAAAGGAAUUUUCGCAGCAGUAACCUAACCACCUAUACCAAGGGCACCACACAGCACCACAACAGCAACACGACUUAUAGCCAUGAAUAUGGAUGACUACGAAUCAUUGCCGACGACAAGUGUCGGAGUAAAUAUGACUGCUGGCGCUAUUGCGGGUGUACUGGAGCAUAUUGUCAUGUAUCCACUGGACUCGGUUAAGACUCGAAUGCAAAGCCUAACAUCUCCCAAUGCGCAUAUGAAUAUAAUGGCUACUUUUCAAAAUAUGAUAACACGCGAGGGCCUGAUGCGGCCAAUACGUGGAGCUAGUGCUGUGAUAAUCGGGGCAGGUCCAGCGCAUGCAAUGUACUUUGGUGCAUAUGAAAUGACGAAAGAACUAUUGACGAAAUUCACAUCACAUAACAAUUUGAAUUACAUGUUAUCCGGCGCGACGGCCACGCUCAUACACGAUGCCAUUUCCAGUCCAACGGACGUGAUAAAGCAGCGAAUGCAAAUGUAUAACUCGCCCUACAAGUCCGUCAUCAGUUGCAUGCGUGACGUGUACAAAAAGGAAGGUUUUCGCGCCUUUUACCGUUCCUAUUCCACGCAACUGGUCAUGAAUAUCCCAUAUCAGACAAUACAUUUUACCGCAUAUGAAUUUUUUCAGAAUAGGUUGAAUCUUGAACGGAAAUAUAAUCCACCGGUACAUAUGCUAGCGGGUGCAGCAGCGGGCGCUUCAGCAGCAGCCAUUACGACGCCGCUGGAUGUGGUAAAAACAUUGCUGAAUACACAGGAGACGGGCCUUACAAAAGGAAUGAUGGAGGCUUUCCGACAGAUCUACCAUAUGGCGGGUCCAUUGGGUUUCUUUAAGGGCAUGACGGCCCGUGUGCUCUACUCCAUGCCCGCCACAGCCAUCUGCUGGUCCACAUAUGAGUUCUUCAAGUUCUAUUUGUGUGGCCUGAAACCAGAACAGUAUAAAUCAUCAAUUGCAGGACGAUCGGAGUUAGCCCCACGAUCCACUGACUACGUGCUGCCCAAAACCGCAGAUGACGAAGUCACCCCGGAUGUUUCUGCAGCUUCAACACAAAAGGACUCACUUCAUCCAAAUCCACCCACAGUGAAUGCAGCGGGUGCCAUUAAGACGGUUUGCGAACUAUCUUCGCGACCAGCGGCGCCUACAAUAAAUUUGCACACGCGGCAUACCGACGUGAAGAGUCCGUACGACAGGGGCUUUUCCAGUACGUAGGCUGUGAGUGAGGGGCACACUUCAAGGUGUUAAAAGGAGCGACAGCUAAAACUUAAGCUUAGCUAUUAGUUAAAGACAAAACAAAGCAGAGGCGGCCCCACGACGUUCGAAACGCCUGGACCGCCCUCGAAUUUUGCAUGAAUACUCUGCGCGGAGUCGGUGAGAGAGUUUUAUCACUCCAAAGUCGGAGGUUAAAUUGAAGUUGCACAAAACUCUCGCUCUCACACACAAACACACACGCGAACUCAAUAAAGAAAAAAGUAAAACAAAAAACAAAAACAAACAAACACACGGCAAAGUCAUAUAAAAAAUACGAAAUUCUUGUUAUAAAAACAUUAUUGUAUCUAUGUUACUUGGAAUGGUAUAUAUCCAACAAAAAAAAUAACUAAAAACACAAAACAUCCUUGUAAUAUACUAUUAUUAUAUAUUACGAUUUUUUUUUUAAACUGCAAAUUCAAAGGAAUAUACGAAUAUAUUUAUGUUGAUCGUUGUAGAGUAAACAAACACAAGUAUGCAUACAUGAGCAAAAAGAAAUUAUAUGUAAUCAAAUUACAAUUUCAAAACUGAGCUGUUAAUUAACCCUUGCGAAGUAAAUUGUCAGCCCAGCGCAAACCAGACAAGUUCAAAGUCAAAUAUGUAUGUAUGGAUGUCCAACCCAGCCUCCUGCUUAAUGUAGCUACUAACUGAAAAAAAUCAAAAUUGAUAAGCCCCUAGGAAUAAGGCAAGAGAAGAAUUUGCCUGUAUCCAUAAUAAUGCCAGGUGCUUGAUUGUGGUCGUUAAAUCGUAUGUUAUAGAUUAUUUAAAACUUUACGAAAUUGUACAAUAUGUAGGUGUUAAUGUACGGACCUAAUUUAAAUCUAUAAAUGAAACGUAUUUAUAAAACGCGGCUAUUGAUCGAAUGUCAAUUUUAUGAGAAGACUUAUACUUUAAAAAUUUCUGUAUUAAAUUUCAAUAGGCGUGCUAUAAAGCUGGAGGCACAGAUACAAACUUAUAGAUAUGGGUUAGGUACAGCUCCGCAUGUUCAGUGUACACAAUCAAGUCCCAGCGCACACAAUACAAGGAACUAAAGCACAUCUUUUUUUUCACGCUGAUACACUAUCCUCAUCAUUCAAAAAGCGUAUUCAUAUGUUGUUAACGUCUUAAUUAUACAAAUUGUAUACAUUUUUAUUAAGCAAUUGCCAAAGUUAAAGCCCUGCUUGGCGGCUUUUUUCUUUAAUAUGUAUUUUUAAUAUGCUCUAAAGUAUUGUUGGUUUUGUUUUCUUAAAAUAAAACCAAGUUGUUAACUUUCGUA